AGCAGAGUGGAACUUUCGUGGGGUUGAUUCUUCUUGCGUUCGAUUUGAACAUUCCACCAUCAUGGGGUAUCGCCAACGUUUCGCACCAACUGCGAAUACUCUUUCGUACUACUCGUAUAUCGAGUUUAUUUUUUAUUUUUCUAUUUAAAAAGUUUUUUUCGCCUUCGCCUUCGUGUAUUUCUUUCUUCAUUCUUCUUCUUGUUUUUUCUUCUUUUUUUUUUCGCUCAAAACGUGUCAUUUCGGUAGAUUAUUAUUAUUCGAUUGUGCGAUAUAUUCGAGGUUGUUUUUCUCGCUACGGUUCCAUUUCACGAGUAUUUAUAUAAGCCUGUGCUUGUGUGAGUGUGUGCUUUUUAUAAGCAAAUUUUCCAAGUCCAAGCUCGAAAUAUCGUGAUUUCACGUACGGUUUCAAGACCAGAUUUCGUUGGCUUUUUUGCAUACGUACCUGGUUACCAGAUAGUGACUUUUUUUUUUCGUUUCGUGCCGACCUAAAAUUAGAUAUCAGGUUACACAGCCGAGUUCUUUGAUUAGGUACCUGUCGUUUUCGGAUCGAUUUUCAGUGCAUCAGCCUUUAUAGUUCGAUAUCACUCGAGGAGUAUUUUCAUAGAUUGUGAACCUGUGCCCGAAAGAGUCAAACCAUGCGAAGAAAGUAGACAGCUUGCUGAAGCGGUAUUCGUACCAGCCACUCUGGAGUAGGCAAUCCAGCGCCCUCCGCGUAACGCGUUUAUUCGAUGAAAAAGAAAAGGAAACGCUGCACGCCGAUGAAUCAUUGUAAAUAGAUCGUUUGCUGAGAUACCUACUCGUACUCUUACGCAGAUCCCCUCGCUCGAGAUGCAUUUUACCUCCACGAUUUGGUGCAAUUGUCGCGAUACGAUGGCGAUGAAACGUUUGAAAACUGUCGACAACGAAUCCGCUAGCGUCAUCAUGUAGUCGUCGUCGUCGUCGUUGAUUCACGCACAGUCGAAGGCAAAAUAAACGAGAGAAGCGCGUUUCGCGUUUAAUUAAGCUCGAUUUUCAAGAAUAUGGGCACAGUGCUGAGUUUGAGUCCGCGAGAUCGAAGACCCAGUUACGGAACAACCAUCUCCGGUACGGGGGCUUCGAAUACGACUACGUCUGCGACGGUGGCCGGCACCGGUUCGUCUAUAAACCCGAUCAGCUCGGGCGAAUACACGUUGAAUAAUUUGAAUUACGAUAUAUUGAAAACCGUGCGAAAUCGCGAUAUAAUAAACGUCAACAAGAUGGUGGUUAGUAAUACGAUUUCGAUGCCUCCGGCGUCCAAUAUAAACACGAUAAACGAAUUCAAUAACGAGAACAUCAUAGCCGAAAAGAACAGCAUCGAGAAAACCAUGAAGAAACAUUCGACGUUGAUCAACGCGUUGAACUGGAAACGCUUCUCGUCUUCCAAUAAGAAAAAAAUCGAACAAAAGAAUAAAAAUUUAUCUGUGUUUCGGCAGCCGCUCGCCGAUUACAAUCCUUUAGCCAUGGAUAAGAAUAAAAACGGCAUGCGGAAGCAUUCGGCGUUCGCAGCGUACUAUCCUUCGCUGGCGACCGUCAAGAAUGCCAACAUCCAGUCACUAGCCAACACGUUGGGCGGAUUGGAUAUCGUGAGAGGCGGCGAAAACCUCGAUAAAAAUAUCAUCAAUAAUAACGUGAAUAUCAAUCAGCAGCAACAGCAGCAGCAGCAACAACAACAUCAUCAUCAUCACCACCAUCAUCACCAUCACCAUCAUCAUCAAUCUAAUAUCAAUAACAAUAAUAAUAAAAUCAAUUUAGACAGUAACGAUAAUGUGAAAACGUGCACGAAAAAUGGCGUCAUUGUGACAAAUGUAGCCAACGCCAAUGCUACUACAAUCGUCCAUACUUCGGCCAAGACGCCGUCUUCGGUUAAGCCUCAAGAUACGAAUGGGGCUGCUGCUCAAAUAUACGUGCCGAAGAAAACCGUCAUCCAAGCAUCUACUUCCGAAUUGCUCAAAUGCUUGGGUAUUUAUCUGCAGAGGAAGUGCUAUCGAUUGAAGAACUUUCAGCCGGGAGAUGCGGUCAUGUGGUUGAGAACGGUUGAUAGAAGUCUUCUAAUUCAAGGAUGGCAGGAUGUUCCAUUCGUUAAUCCAGCCAACGUAGUGUUCGUUUACAUGUUAGUACGCGAUCUCGUCAAAGGCGAAGAUAUGAACACGGAAUUAGAAUUGCAAAUAAUGGUUUUAACGUGUUUAUAUAUGUCUUAUUCGUACAUGGGUAACGAAAUAUCCUACCCUUUGAAACCUUUCCUCAUCGAAGAGAGUCGAGAACAAUUUUGGGAUCGUUGUUUGUUAAUAGUGAACAAAAUGUCCGCUCCUAUGUUAAGGAUAAACUCCGAGCCUGCUUAUUUUGCCCACAUAUUUACCGAGUUGAAAUCUUUCGGCAUGUCCAAUAUAAAUCUUGUACAACAGGAAACAACGUAAGCUAAACUGAAUCUAAACGUAACUAAGUAUACUUUUACCUACUCACCUAUUUUUGUUAUCUAUUUGUUGUUCGUUUUUUUUUCCUAUCGAUGUCUUUUAUGGCAGGCAAGUACUUAGGUAUCCAGGUGCAUUAUGCAUUAAGUUAAACAUAUGUAGAUGUAGAUCGAUGUUUUCGUAUUAAAUAGGUAGGUACUUCUACUUAUGAUUUGGAAUUUUAAGAAUUUCGUUCGAAUUUUGAAAUAUGUCGACUUACAAGGUUUGUUUUUCGUGAAUCAUUAAGGACUUCGAAUUCCUUCCUAGAUAUAUCAAAAGUACCUACCUAGCAUACCUAAUUACUUACCUCGUUUCAAGAUGAUUAAAUUUUACUUUUCAACAUACCUUUAACGAAGUGUAAGGACAUUUUUCUAUCGAUUUUUCUUUCGAGCCUCGAUGCUACUUUUACUUCUACCCACCUUUCAAAUAACGUCUAAAUUUUUUUCCCAUAAGGUACCCAUUUACCUAUUUACAUACACAGUUUUUAUUAUCAUCCUCAGAUACAUGAAAUAAAUCUCUAUUAAUAUACGAUAGAAUAAGCCGGAUAUAAGAAAUCUUCAUCGUUGUACUAUCUACUUUGCAGUUGACAGAUUACAUAAUCAAAUUUACAAACAAGUUGAAUACCUAUUUGAUUUACCAAAUUUUCUCAUUAACAAACCAUAGGCAGUUACGAAAUUUUUUCUUUCUUUUUAUAGUUUUGAAUUUGAUCGAUUGAAAAAUACCUUUCUUCGCUGUAAUUUAUUUUUCUAUAACAAUCAAUUCAAUCGUCUUGAAUAUUUUUAGAAUUAUGUACGUAUUUAAGCUGUUGAAGUAUUUGUCGUCUAUGUUAUCGUUCUUUCUUUUUUGAAUUUUAAAACUUCAAAUAAGAAUAAUUUUGUGUUAUGUUAUGUGUAAUUAUUUAUUUAUAAGUAGUUUUUUUUUUUUUUUUUUUUUUUUUUUAAAUCAGCGUUUAUGCCAAAGUUUUUGAAAUGGAAGGCCCGGCGACGUGCAAUAUUACUUUUAAGAUUACUUAAAUUAAGUUAUAUUUAAGUUUACCUUUACAUUAAGUUGAAAAAAAAAAUGAAGAUGAGUGCCAAUCUAGUCAUUUACCCAUCUAAGUCUCGUUAUUAUUAACAAUUGUUAUUUUAAGAAUUCGUUUGUAAGUUCUCCGUUUGUAAGUUCUCAUAUAUACUAGACGAAGAAAAUGAUCUAGUAUCUUACCUAGUUAAUGAUGUUAUUGAUGUUGAUGUGUUUAUUAAUAUUUUUUUGACGUACUUACUUAUUUAUUUAUAUGUAGAUGAAAUACCUUGUCAAUCUACUGUUGAGCCAACCACUUCUAUCGUUGGUUUGAUUGUGGAUUGAUAUUGAAAUGCGCAAAUAUGAAAGCUAAAUUAUGUAUCCAUUCGAACAGAAUGGGUUCUAGCAGAGUGUAUGUAAUUCAUUGCCUACUCCUUUUAUCAAUUUUCCUCAUACUUUUCUUUUCUAUCCUAUACUAUUGCUCUUUUUUCUUUCUUCCUAAUUUGUAUUUGUUGUUUUUUUGUUUACUUACCUUAUACCUACCUACGCGAACGUGUAUAUUUUUAUGAAUAAUUUGAUGUGUAUGCUCGCACAAGUAGAAAAAUAUCUACAACUCACGUUUUCUUGCACGCACCAGAACAUUUUCGAUACGAUUUGUCGAAUGAAUUACACAUUUUGAACAUUCUGAUUAUCAGAACGUCUAUCAAAAUUGUCAAGUUAGCGUCAAAAGAAUAAUUAUGAGCAAAAAUGUAGGUAUUUAACCAUGUACUUGUAGGUAAUCAAUUUAUCUACUUUCAGAAAAUGUAAAUUGUUGUUUUUUGGUUAUCUGAAAAUGUAGGUACUGUUCUUGUUUGAUUUUUGUUUGUUUACUUUUUUUCAUCAUUAUUUAUUUUUUGUUCGUUUUUUUUUGUUUUUGUUUUCUGUUUAUUUUAAUUGUAAUUGAUAUGUGUACCUAAUGAGUAAUGAUCAUGCCAAACCUGUACUUCGAACAAAAAUUUACCAAAUGAUUUUUGAAUUUAGGAUUACUUAUCGUGAAAUUUCAUUUUAAAUUUUAAACGUAACAUUACGAAUAAUUUGUCUGAAACGUUCGUACUUGUCGCUUGUACGUAAUGUACAAUCUCCUUGCCCGAAGAUGUUAAUGAAUUUGCAUAACUUUCGCCGUAAAUCCUGUAACACGAAAUAUCAUCUUGGGCUGCAAGGCAGUGAAACGUGCAACUUUAUUAACCUAUUCGUAUUCGAGUAAUAAUUGAACGCAUUCCCAGAAAAGAGAUGUACUUACCUAAUUUGAUUUUAUAGUACUUAUUAUCGCUUGAAAUUAUACGAGUUAAAUGUGAUAUACCAUUAUGAGUUUUUGAAUAAAAACAAAAGGAUAAAUUUCAGCUCAAAAUUGUUGUUUUGUAAUUUUACGAAUACCUAUCUUACUUUUUCUACGUUUGUGUUUGUUGAUUCAUCGUUACCAUCAUUAUUUUUUGGCUCACAGGGACUCGAGUCUGAGAUUAUUUCGAAGUUUUUUUUUCAUCAUACACAAAACAAACUCCCGCAUAUUUACAUUAUCGUAACUACUAAAAUGAAAAAACUAAACAAAAAACUCGGUAUUUCAUCACUCAGUUAUUUAUUUUGCAAAUCAGUCGAGUAGUUAUGUAUAUAACCAUGUACUUAUGUAAAUAAAAUUUUUGAUCUUUUA